AUGCCGGGCCCAGAAGGCGACGGCCAAGGGUCAUCUAAUGGAACCAUGCGGGUGUCUAAUGGAUCACGGGCCGCCGACGAGCUUCUGACGACAUCUUCUAGCAAUAGUAGGACAUUAAAGAUGUCGUCCGAGUCGACUAAUGGAUCGGCACGCAAUGGAAAGGGGCCCGUCGAGGGGCCGCCCCGCAACUACUUCGGCCACGCCCCCGAGGAGGUCACUCGCAUCCUGAUCCAGGCCCUAGCUGAUAUGGGCUACCACGAUGCAGCGGAGAGCGUCACGCGGUCCAGUGGCUAUGAGCUCGAAAACCACACAGUGGCUGCUUUCCGCAAUGCCGUGCUAGAUGGUUCUUGGUCUGAAGCUGAGGCCCUCCUCUCCAGUAACGUCGUGGCUGGGGACCGCCAACACCCGGGAGACGGACUGGUGCUAGCCCCGGGAGCAGACCGAGACACAAUGAGACUUUGGCUAAGACAGCAAAAGUUUCUGGAACUACUAGAGAAGCGAGACAACCAUCAGGCCCUGGCAGUAUUACGGAGCGAGCUAACGCCGCUAUGCUCGGGGCAGCACCAGAAGCUUAACCUACUCGCUGGGCUUCUGAUGUGCCCGUCUGUCGAGCACCUCAAACAAAAGGCUGCGUGGGACGGUGCGCAGGGCCGGUCCCGACAGAUAUUGUUGUCCGAGCUCUCACGAUGUAUAUCUCCCUCGGUAAUGCUCCCUGAACAUCGACUGGCUGUGCUUUUAGAGCAGGUCAAGCAGAGCCAGAUUAGCAACUGUCUCUACCAUACGAGCUCUGAGCCGCCCUCGCUUUACUCGGACCAUUUGUGCGACAGAACGAGAUUCCCAUCCGAGGUCCUCGUGGAGUUAGGUAACCAAGACCAGCAAGAGGUAUGGCAGGUUCGUUUCUCAAACAACGGCAGCCGUUUGGCAAGCUGCGGAAUGGAUCAAAACGUCUAUAUCUAUGCUGUCCCGUCAUUCGAAGUCUUGCACAGGAUAAUUGCCCACGAGGGUAGCGAUGUGUGCAAUAUCGCUUGGAGUCCAGAUGACACGACUUUGAUCACGUGUGGCAAAGAUCACUACGCCAAAAUCUGGAACACCGAGACAGGGGACUGCGUGAGAGUCCUCGACCGCUUUGACGAACCUGUCAGCAGUUGUGUUUGGACUCCUAACGGCCAGUCCUUUGUCACUGGGUCGUUCGAUAAGACAAAGUCUAUCUGCCAGUGGAAUCUGAACGGCGAGCGACUCUUCGUCUUGACUAGAAAGCAUAGGACGGAAGACUUGUCGCUUUCCUCUGACGGCCGCUGGCUGAUUGCUAUGGAUGAGCAACAGCGGAUCCAUGUCUACGACUUCGUUACCCGCGAAUACCUGUACGAAGUUGAGCUCAAAUCAAGGGCCACGUCGCUCAGCAUAAGCGAAGACUCGAGGUUUUUGCUUGUCAACAAGGUAGACGGCGAGGCCCAGCUGAUCGACAUUGCUUCUCGAGAUGUUGUGCAAAAGUACCACGGUCAUUCUGGUGGUGGCUAUACCAUCCGGAGUACAUUUGGUGGCGCCAAUGAGAGCUUCGUAGUGAGCGGGAGCGAAGACGGCUCGAUGUGUAUAUGGCACAAAUCCACUGGAAUUCAGGUCGAGAGAGUAGCCGCACAUGACCCCAGGUGCAACGCCGUGUCCUGGAACCCAGCGGACCCGUGCAUGGUAGCGUCCUGCGGAGAUGACGGCAAGAUCAAGAUGCAAGUCCCUGUCGAUUAUCUAUCUCUCCUGGCUCGGGCUGCUAACAAGCAUUUAGAUGGUCAAACAAGGAGCGAGUCUUGGAAUACCCCUACAGGUCGUUGCACCCCAUAG